AUGGGCACAAUGGUGUCUGUCCUGCUGUCCCUGCUGCUCCUUCUGGGUCCUGCAGUCCCUCAGGAGACCCAAGCUGGGUCUUACCGUCUGAGCUUCCUCUACACCGGGGUGUCCAGGCCCACUGACAGCCUCCCUAGCUUCCAGGCCACUGCCUACCUCAAUGACCAGGUCUUCUUUCACUAUGACAAUAAAAGCAGGAAGGCCAUACCCCUGGACCCAUGGAGCCAGAUGGAAGGAAUAGAGGACUGGGAGAAGGAGAGUGAACUUCAGCAGGCCAGGGAGAGCAUCUUCAUGGAGACUCUGCAGGACAUCAUGGACUAUUACAAGGACAGAGAAGGGUCUCACACCUUUCAGGGAAGGUUUGGCUGUGAGCUCCUGAAUAACAAAAGCAGUGGAGCAUUCUGGAAGUAUGCCUACGAUGGACAGAACUUCAUCGAGUUCAACAGAGAAAUCCCAGGCUGGGUCCCCCAGGACCCAGCAGCUCUGAACACCAAGCGGAAGUGGGAGGCAGAAGAGGUCUACGUGCAGCGGGCCAAGGCCUAUCUGGAAGAGGAGUGCCCGGCGAUGCUGCGGAGGUACCUGCAAUAUGGCAAGGCCUUCCUGGACCGACAAGAUCCCCCAUCUAUGUCCAUCACCAGGACCCCAGGAGAAGAUACAAUCAAGUGCUGGGCCAGUGACUUCUACCCACAAGAUAUUGAUCUGCACUGGAUUCAGGGGGGCAAUACAGUAGAGACUGAGGUGAGGGGAGACCUUCUCCCCAGUGGAAACGGCACUUACCUGUCCUGGGUGUCGUUGACAGUUUCCCCUUGGAGAACUAAGAACACAGUCUUCUGUCGCAUAGUGCACAGCAGCCUGGACCAGCCCCUCACUGGGCUGUAG